AUGGCUGAGAAAAGACCUCAAAGAGAGAGGUCCCUCAAGAGGCCCGGACGAAGGGGGCGAGGCCCCUUCCGACUCACCCACCGCCGCACGGCUCGCUUUCGGGGCGCUCCGGCGGCACGCAAGACUCCUCCGGGCUCCACGGAGUCCCGCGAGCGCGCUUCCGGGUCUCCCGGCGGUCGCCCCGCCCCCGCCCCUUCCGAUUGGCUGCGCCGCGGGCGCUCGCGAUUCACUUCCGAGUCACCGCCUCUGGCCCCGCCUCGAGCCCGGGUCCGCUUCCGGGUCAGGCUGCCCGUCGCCCCGGCAACCGGGGACGCCCAGGAGGGGCGAGGCCGGGCGGGCUGGGGAGGCGAGGAGGGAGCUGUCAGCGGCCUCGAGGCCAGGCGAGGCGAGCUGGCGGCCCCCGGGAGCCAGCCCAGCCAGACGGACGCGUCGCUGGCGUCCGGAGCCCCUGCUGAAGAAGUAUAUAAGAUAAGCUUUAUUUUUCCAAAUGGAGACAAGUACGAAGGUGAGUGCACAAGAUCGCCUUCUGGAGUGGUGGAGAGAAACGGAACUGGAACCCACACCACUCCGAAUGGGAUUGUCUACACCGGCAGCUGGAAAGAUGACAAGAUGAACGGCUUUGGGCGUCUGCAGCACUUUUCAGGCACAGUCUAUGAAGGACAGUUUAAGGACAACAUGUUUCACGGACUGGGAACUUACGUAUUUCCAACUGGGGCGAAGUACUCUGGAAAUUUCAAUGAAAAUAGGGUGGAAGGUGAAGGCCAGUACACAGACACCCACGGGCUGGAAUGGGUCGGCACCUUCCACUUCACCGCUGCUCCUGGCCUGCGACUCAAGAUGCACAUGUAG